AUGCUUCUCCGUUGGAGACCACAGACACACAAGCACAAACGGCGAUGGAUUAACCUAAAGCCAGCGUCGCCGAACUUUCGCCGCAGCAUAGUCGCGGUGCAGCUGGAACGGCGACGGAAAGACUUGGUGGAGGAAGAUCAAUUCAAGGCGAAUAACCAAGACGAGUGGAAGAAGAGCUCUGGAGCCAUUGCGCGGAGAGCGGAAAGGGAGGCGGCACAGCGGCGUAUUUUCACGCGCCAACAAAAAAAGAGAGCCUUUAUUUUUCGGCCCACCCAACGUUUUUUCGUGGUUGUCGUCGUCGUCAGCCUGACUCCGCCCUCUUCGUGCUUCCGCCGAUUGGACACGGCUCCACGGCUGCCGAAAAAACCCUCAGUCAAAGGUAUCCAACUGUGCCGCGUGGCUUGCCAUGUUCUUUCAGAGUCUUGA